GUCCUCGCCCGCCCGCCUCGCUCCAAGGAGCUCGACACUCGACCAUGCUGCUCGACGGCGUAGCAGGCUACCUCGCAGACGCAGCCGGUGCCUCUCCGGACCAGAUCAAGGUCAUCUUGCUCCUCGUCGGCUCGGUCCCCCUCUCCCUCGCCUACCCGUACUUCCCGCCCUCGACUCGCUCGCCCAUCGCCCACCUCUACUCGCUCGUCCCCGCCGUCGUCUUCCUGUGCUUCUGCCUCGACCUGCGAUGGGGCUUCUUCCAGCUCCUCGCGAGCUCGUUGGCGACCUGGGUCGUCUGCAAGGUCGGCGUCGCGCAAAAGUGGGGGGCCGCCAUGCCCUGGGUCGUCUUCGUCAUCGUCAUGGGCCACCUCGCCGUCAACCACGUCCUGCGCCACCUCGACGACACGCCCCUCACCACGAUCGAGAUCACCGGCUCGCAGAUGGUGCUCUGCAUGAAGCUCAUCUCGUUCGCGUGGUCCGUGUUUGACGGCACUCGCCCUCUCGACCAACUCGACACGACCCAGAAGGCGUCGCGCAUCGAAGGCGUGCCCGGGCUCUUGCCCUUCCUCGGUUACGCCUUCUUCUUCCCGUCCAUCCUCGCCGGCCCGUCGUUCACCUACCGCUCGUACGACUCGUUCACCUCGCACCGCCUCUUCGUCAAGGAGAACCCGUCGGACGGGUCCAAGCCCGUCGACCCGACCGUCAUCCCGCCCGGCCGCCGCCGCAAGGCCGCCAAGCGCUUCGCGACGGGCAUCUUUUUCCUCGCCAUCUUCUCGGUCUACGGCGGGUCGCUCGGCAUGGACAAGCUCAUCGACCCCAAGUUCACCGCCGACAAGUCGUGGUUCGAGAAGGUUCGGUUCAUGAACGUCGCCGGCUUCAUCGCGCGCACAAAGUACUACUCAGUGUGGUGCAUCGCCGAGUCGGCCUUUAUCAUCUCGGGCCUCGGCUACAACCCGCAGACGAAGCACUACGACGCUUCGCGCAACGUCCGCAUCCGCUCGAUCGAGUUUGCGCCCAACUUCAAGGUCCUUCUUGACUCGUGGAACAUGAACACCAACGUGUGGCUGCGCGAGUGCAUCUACAAGCGCGUCGCCAAGAAGGGUCGCAAGCCUGGGUUCAAGAGCACCCAGAUCACGUUCAUCACGUCGGCCCUCUGGCACGGCGUCAACCCGUGCUACCUCAUGACGUUCGUCCUCGGCGGCUUCUGCCAGGCGCUAAACCGCUCCCUGCGCGCCGGCCUGCGCCCCUUCUUCCUCCCGCCCGGCGCGCUCCAGGCGCCGAACCCGCUGUCGGCGAGCGCGCCGCCGCUGCCCAAGCUCGACAUCCUCAAGCACAAGCAGGCCGUCGAGGCCGCCAAGAAGGAGGGCGGCGCCGCAGCUGCCGCCGUCGUCAAGGUGCCCGGCACGAGCGAGCGCGUCAAGCUCGCCGCACCGCCGCAGACGCCGCUCAAGGUCGCGUACGACGUCGCCGGCACGCUCGCGACGCAGGCCGUCCUCAACUUUGCCGUCGUCCCCUUCCUCCUCCUCAACGUCCACUCGUCCAUGCUCGCAUGGCGCUCUGUCUCGUUCUACGGCCUCGCUCUCGUCUUUGUCCCGUUCGUGCUCCUCAACUUCCUCGGCGGCCUGCCCAUGCUCAAGCGGGCGCAGCGCAAGCGCGACGCCGAGGCGGCCAAGCGGCACAAGCGCACAACGGCCGACGACGAGCAGGAGUGGCGCCGGGUCGAGUGGGAGAAGAGCGAGGAGGACAAGCGGCGCAGGAGGGGCGAGGGCGUGCCGAGCCUCGGCAUCGACGUCGAGGAACUGGUCGAGGAGGAGGAGCGCGAGGAGCGGCGCCGCGAGGCUGAGCGCAAGGCGCAGUGACGCGCCGCGCUCGUCUCUCUGUUCGGUGGGCCGUUGAGGAGGAUAGAGUCGGAGCAGUUUAUGAUCGUCAUCGUCGUCGUCGUCGUCGCAGCAAGAAUCCCCUUGGCCCCUCUCGUUCCACCCUCUCAAGUCCUAUGCAACUCGUUCUCGUUCUCUCGC